AUGGCCCGGGACAGGCCGCCCGGGAGGGGCUGCAGCGCCCUGCGCCGGGGUCUGCUGGGCGCCGCGCUGCUGCUCGGCCUGCGGCUCUGCGCAGGGUUGUGGCGCGCCCAGCCCGCAACCGGGCCCCCGGCCCGCAGCGCCCCGCCGGCCCCGGCCUUCAGGCCGCCCGGGCCGCACCUGCCGCCCGCGCCCGGCCCGCCGCGCGGCGCCAGGAGGCAGGUGACCUACGUGCGCAGCGGGCGCCGAGCGCCGCCGGGGGGCGGCGGGAGCGGGACGCCGGAGCCGAGCUGCUGCGCCCCGCGCGGGCGCCCCCGGCGGAAGGGUCCCAGGUGGCAGAUCCGUCUCCAGCCUUGGGCAGGCCCUGCUCAGUCCCUGGAUGAAGAAGCCUGGAGGUUCCUGAGAUACAUCAGCACCACCCAGAUUGCAUGUGAUCACAUGAAUACAGACAACCUGGCUCCUGAUGCCAGCCCUGCACAGAAGCCCUGGUCGGUGUGUCUUGAUGACAGGUUUGGCCUAGCUCAUCAAAUCCACAGCAAGCAGUGCCGCCUCUACUCUUUGGGGCUGGGAAGUGACGAUACCCGUUUUGAAGUUAGCAUGGCCAACAACGGCUGCGAAGUGCAUCGUUUUGAUCCCAGUGUCAAGUCAGCUCAUGUUCUGGAGAGUCAGCGCCUUUGGUAUCAUCGUUUGUCCAUCGACUGGCGGGACCCGCAUCCAGCUGUUGCCGCCCACAAACCACAUAGCAACACCAGAAAACUGGGAAGCAUUUUGAAUGAAUUUGGGCAUCAUAAGAUUGACGUUCUCAAGGCAGAUCUGGAAAGCGCAGAAUGGAAAGUUUUGGAAAAUCUUAUUUUGGAAGAUGUCCUCGAGCAGAUUGGACAGCUCAUCUUUGAGAUCCAUCUCCACUGGCCUGGGUUCGAGGUCAGCGGUAGCGACAGCAGCGUCGUGCGGUUCUGGUACAGCCUCCUCAAAGAGUUAGAACUAAAGGAUUUCAGACUUUUUCACAGUUACAAAGAUUUAUCUAAACCUCAGCUAUUCCUGAAGAAAGACAUUUUCAAUGCAAGUAGCUGUUAUACUCUGAGUUGGGUGAAUACAAGGUGGAAAUAGGAAGCAGGACCUCAUCAAGAACAUGAGGGAAUAUGACUAUUUGCAAAAUGGAACAUGUCCAUGAUUCUAAUAAUGGGUUUACUCUCCCAGUCUCCCACUAGGCUGUACCUGCUUGAGGCAGGGAGUGUGGUAUUGCCUUUGUAGGGCAUGUAGUGAGCGUGGUGCUCGGCAUGUGACAGGGACACAGUUAAUACUCGUUGAAGGGGUGCACACAGUCACUCCCAUUUGCCCAGAACCAGGCUUUUUGCCUUUUGCCUCUGACAGAGUGUGGAUGCUUGCCCUCCUCCACUUUAACUUGAAAGAUAAUCCCCUGCUCAGCCCAGUUUUCCCUAAAAUUCACUACAUAUCUAUAAUCCAUGAAUUCACCAGCAUUAGUUGAGAUUAUGUAAGUUUUCCAUUUUUACUAGGUUGAUGAGAUUUUUAAGUUCAUUGCCUACUGUCUAAAAUAGUGCCUUUCAUUUGACUCUGACUCACCUCUCUCAAGGGUUUGCUUGUUUGCCUUGUCAGUAAUAUUCUUUGAAACCUUAUAGAUUGCAGUAAUUCCUCAUGCUGUGGCUUCGUGAGAAACAAUCAUUCUGGUUUCUGGGAACUCAGACACACCAAAUUCUGUCACUGAAUUAGAAAGACUAGACUGUCAAGAACUUCAACUCAAGAUUCUUGUCAUGUGUAACCUGAAAUCCCCUUCAUUUGCUAUGAAAUUUAGCAUAAAGCAGAAUAUGGGUGUCUUUGCUGCUGCCUUUUUUGCCUUCAAACAUGAUUUUCUAACAGACUUGCCUAUGCUGUUUAAUUUUUUUUUUUAAUACAUUAUCUCAAAUGCUAAGUGCAUUUUUCUUUACUGCCAGUUGGCAGCAUUGAUAAGAUUGCGGCCUGAGGGCCACAGUCUCUCUUUCCUAGGAUGGUCAUCUAGUUUUUCAGUAGCACCAAUCCUUUUUACAUUAAAAAAAAAAAUUAAGUGGAAAGUUUAGGUUCUUAAUAGUUCAAAUGAUCUCUAUCAUUCCUAUUUACAAGAUUAGACAUUACUCCUCUGAACAAUUAAGAAAAAUCCUAUUUCCAAUAAGUUACAUAGUAUAAAAAAUAAAUCAAAUUAUUGUCUAAUUAUAAAUUAAUUAUAUUUUUGGUAUUUUUUUACAUCUUGAGAGUGUAAAAACUGUAUGUAUAUUGUUCAAAAUUUUGGGGGAAGGGAGGGGGUAGAAGAAUAUUGUUACUAGACUUCAACCUUUCUCCCAGCUUUGUACUUCCUCCUAUCCUCAGACAUUUCCCACCUUCUCUUUGUUUCUUGCAGGGGUUUGAAAAUGCCAUUCCUCAAGUGAGAAUCCAAAAUAUAUUACAAUGGAAUGAUCUCACUAACUUGAGUUCCAAAGAGAACAAGACUUUCUGAGUUAGUUGUGAUGGUUUUUUAAAAAUAUAAAUGAGGUUUUUAUUUUAAAACUCAUAGUACACCUAAUAAUAAAAGUUGUUGAGCUGAGAGGCCCAGCUUGAAUAAGUGUGAUUUGAAAUGGCAGUUUAGUCAUUUCAAUGUACGUAGGUAUUUCAAAUAUGCAAAAGGGUCCAUAAAAACUCUAAAGUGGUUUAUACUGUUAGUUUUUAUGGUGUCAUCUCCAAAGCAAAGCUAACUUUAGCCCACUUCUGGA